AUGCUUCAACUCACGCCUUCUCACUCUCUCCAUCAACCAUUGCUCUCUCCUCAAAGCCUCCCCUUUUCGCUUCUCCAAACCUGUAAAACCCAACGAGAAGCAGAGCAACACCACGCCGUAUCCCUCAAAACUGGAACUUUCAGCCACCCUGCAAUUGCUUCCCGUUUCUUAUCUCUCUACGCAGACCCCAAAAUCAACAAUCUUGACUAUGCUCGCUCCGUCUUCGAUCAAAUUGAAGAACCCACCUUGGUUUCCUGGAACGUUCUCAUCAAAUGCUAUGUUGGGAACCAGCGUUCCCAUGAUGCUAUUAUUUUGUUCUAUGAAUUGCUUCAUGAACUUGUUCCGGAUAAUUUUACUGUACCGUGUGUGAUGAAGGGUUGUGCUCGGUUAAAUGCGAUUGGGGAAGGGAAACAGAUUCAUGGGUUGGUGUUGAAAAUUGGGCUUGGUUUGGAUAAGUUUGUGCAGAGUAGUUUGGUUAGUUUGUACUCAAAGUGUGGUGAGAUUGGUUUGGCUAGGAAAGUGUUUGAUCAAAUGCUUGAUAGAGAUUUGGUUACUUGGAAUUCUUUGAUUGAUGGGUAUGCGAGAUGCGGAGAAGUAGAAGUUGCAAUGGAAUUGUUUGAUCAAAUGCAGGAGAGAGAUUCUUUUUCGUGGACUGUUUUAGUUGACGGGUUAUCAAAAUGCGGGAAGGUAGAGAUGGCUAGGGAGAUAUUUGAUAGGAUGCCACAUAGAAAUUUGGUUUCUUGGAAUGCCAUGAUUAAUGGUUACAUGAAAUCCGGAGAUUUUGAGAUGGCACGUCAAUUGUUUAGUCGGAUGCCAACAAGAGAUAUAAUAACUUGGAAUUCGAUGAUUGCAGGUUAUGAAUUUAAUGGACAGUUUAUGGAAGCAUCGGAGUUGUUUCAGGAAAUUUUGGAAGAAGAUAUUAUGCCUAGUCAUGCUACAUUAGUCAGUGCUCUUUCUGCCGUUUCAGGAUUAGCCACUCUAAGUAAGGGGAGAUGGAUACAUUCUUUCAUGGUAAAACAUGGAUUUGAUUUAGAUGGUGUGCUUGGUACAUCAUUGAUAGAAAUGUAUUCCAAGUGUGGGAGCAUAGAGAGUGCUCUGGCUGUAUUUCGAGCUAUAGACAGGAAGAAAUUGGGGCAUUGGACUGCUAUAAUUGUUGGUUUAGGAAUGCAUGGUAUGGCCGACCAGGUUCUUGAGCUAUUCCUUGAGAUGCGCAAAAAUGGAAUGCACCCUAAUGGUAUAACUUUUGUCGGAGUCUUGAAUGCAUGUAGUCAUGCAGGAUUGGUUGAUCUUGGUCGUUACUAUUUCAAUCUGAUGAUAAAUGAUUAUGAAAUUGAACCCACAAUUGAACACUAUGGUUGUUUUGUAGACAUUUUAUGCCGCGCUGGUUGUCUGGACGAGGCAAAGAAUGUCAUUGAAAGUAUGCCCAUGAAACCAAACAAAGUAAUUUGGAUGAGUUUGCUUAGUGGUGCUCGUAACCAUGGAAAUGUUGAAGUUGGUGAUUAUGCAGCUCGCCAUUUGAUUGACGUGUCUCCAGACAGCGUUGGAUGCUAUGUUCUUCUUUCUAACAUGUAUGCUGCGGCUGAUAAGUGGGAGAAAGUUUCACAGGUAAGAGAAAUUAUGAGAAAGAGAGGAGUAAAAAAGGACCCAGGAUGCAGUUCCAUAGAGCACAGAGGUGUGCUUCAUGAGUUUAUUGUCGGUGACAAAUCACAUCCUUGGACAAAAGACAUAUAUUCUAAGUUGACUGAGAUGAGAGAGAAACUGAAAUCCGUAGGACAUGUUCCUGACACAAGUCAAGUUCUGUUGUGUCUUGAAGAGGAAAAAGAGAAGGAAGCUGAAUUGGAAAACCAUAGCGAGAGAUUGGCUAUUGCAUAUGGUCUUAUUAAUUUGGAACCUGGGAGUCCUAUUCGCAUUAUAAAGAAUCUUCGUGUCUGUAACGAUUGCCACUCUGUCACUAAACUCCUAUCCAGUAUCUAUGAUCGUGAGAUUAUUGUGAGAGAUAAUAGUCGUUUCCAUCAUUUCAGAAAUGGGUCAUGUUCUUGCAAAGAUUUUUGGUGA